CGUGCUAAUUUCUAAAAGAACAGAAGAAGAAAGAAGGAAGAAGAAGAAAGGUGUUCCUGGGCUCGCCGGUCCGACGUCUCUGUAAUCGUUGACGAUGAAACUCUCAUUUUCCCUCUCCUCAAAGCCCUCUUCAAACCUAAAGAAACCAUCUCAGACGUUCGCCGCCAAUGACCCGAAAGCAUCGGCGUCCGCCGUCAAAGAGUACGUGACCGAGUUCGAUGCUUCUAAAGCUCCGGCAGCAGCCGACUCUGUCGCCAAUUACGUAAUCCCUCCCAAGGCCAACGAAUGGGAGCCUCGCAAACGGAUGAAGAAUAUCGACCUCCCUCCAAUCCGGUCGUCCGACGAUCAGCCGCUGCAAUUCGAGGUCGAUACCGGCUCGUCUGUCGAGCCGUCGUCCGAUUCCGUGUCCUACGGUCUCAAUAUCCGCCAGUCAACCGGGAAAACUGCCGACGAUGCGAACACCGAUAAGUCAGAAAACCCUAACCCUAAUGUUGACCCCAUGUUGCAUAAGCUGAAAGAGGAUCUGAUGAGACUGCCGGAUGAUAACGGUAUGGAUGAGUUUACUGAUAUGCCCGUGGAGGGCUUUGGAGCUGCUCUGCUCAAGGGUUAUGGUUGGAGUGAAGGCAGAGGCAUAGGCCGCAACGCAAAAGAGGAUGUGAAAGUGAGAGAGUAUAAAAGAUGGUCUGCGAAGGAAGGGAUUGGAUUUACUGCUGAAUUUCCAAAGGAUACUAAAGUGCAUAAGGUUGAUGGUGGAGAAAAGAGAGAAAAGAAAAUGAAUGGAAAGGAGGAAAUAGGGGAAAAGGAAGGGAAAGGAUUGUAUGUGGGCAAGAACAUAAGGAUAGUUGGAGGUAGGGAAAUGGGAAUGAAAGGAAAUGUUGUGGAGGUAAAGAGCGGUGGGAAUAUGAUCAUUAGGCUUUCCAGUGAUGACAGGGAGGUAAUUGUCCAAGCAUCUGAUGUUGCAGAGUUGGGUUCUGUAGAAGAGGAGAAGUGUAUGAGGAAGUUGAAGGAGUUGAAGAUUAAAGACAGCAAUAAAGAUUCAUCUAGUGUUAGACAUCGUAGAGAAAGUAGAGAUGAAGUAAUGAGGGAUAGGGAAAUUAGGGAGGAUAGAUCAAGGGACAGGAGAAAGGACAGCAAACAUAGUAGAGAUGAGUCAAAUGCAAAGGGAGUUGAACACAUUUCUUGGCUAACCAGUCAUAUAAGAGUUAGGGUUAUAAGUAAGGCGUUGAAAGGAGGAAAAUUAUAUUUGAAGAAAGGAGAAGUGGUGGAUGUGGUAGGGCCAUCAACUUGUGAUAUAUCAAUAGACGAGAGCCGGGAAUUGAUUCAAGGUGUGAAUCAGAAUCAGCUUGAGACGGCACUCCCAAGGCGUGGUGGUCCUGUACUUGUUUUGUAUGGCAGGCAUAAGGGCGUGUAUGGAAGCCUUGUAGAGAGGGAUACAGAGAAGGAGACUGGUGUUGUGCGACAUGCUGAUACGCAUGAGUUACUCAAUGUGAGACUUGAGCAAAUUGCAGAAUAUACAGGAGAUCCUAGUUACAUUGGCUAUUGAGUAAUCCAUUCAAUUGUUGCUUGGCAUUGACUGGUUGGGGAUGCCACUGAAAUUGAAGUCAGCGGUGAUUAGUUCCCCUGGAGCCCUUUGCUUCAAAGGUUUUGUGAGCACGUAACAGAGCCAUAGGUGAAACCACUUCAUUUUCAACAUGAGUGAGGCCUUGUCUUUUAGCAAGAACUCCCUCUCUCAAACCCCAGAUGUCUGUUUUGAAACUGCUCAUGAUUUGAUGUUUAGCAUAAAGCUUGCCGCAAAAUUACCUUCAGCCUGUUGGCAUCUAAUGGGUUAAUCUGUAUCAAGUUUAUAGCACAUCCUAUCAGAAUCCUAUUACCUUAACGGCUUAACCACUGUAAUCAAAACCUACCUUUUGACCGUCACACAGUUCCAUCUGUAUUAAGCUUAGAGCACAUCUUUGGAGAAACCAUUUUACCUGAAUCCCACCCGAUAUUCUUGGCAUUAGCCAUUAAUUAGCAAAGGCUCCAGAACACCUGCUUCCAUUACUCAUUGGGUGCCAAAUCUUGUAUUGGCAAUCAUAACUGAAGUGAGUAUUUAGAUAUA